AUGAAGACAGGAGAGUUUGCAUAUACUCAGUGUAUAUGUGAUAGGGAAGAACUAAAUUAUAUAUGCUCACCAUUACAUCGUUCCACUGGUUAUCAGAUGGAAAGUUUUUUGCCAAGUGGUCUUGUGAACAAAAAUAUGGCUGAUCCACAGCACAAACCAGAUUUUAUUAAUAAUUGGAUUAUUCUUGCCAGAGCUAUGUUAUGCUUAGUUUUUACGGCUUUUCAAGGUUCGUUUUCUUUAACUUUUAUGCAUUUAUUUGUUAGUUGUCGCCAGGGCUCAGGGGCACAAGUGCUUGGCCAGUUAGUCGACGACUUUUUAUCGGAAAAUUUGAAGAAUUUUAACGAGAGAAUCUAUGAAUUGGAUCUUGAAAAGCUCCAAACAUUUUGGCACAUGGGAAUGAUUAGAGGAUUUCUAAAGGCAAAAGGACGUUCGUUAUGUGCGAAAUUAUUAAAAAUUGAUUGCAUUAUUUAUAUAAAUUGCGAGAAAGAUGCUCGAUCUGUCGUACAGUUAUCACGAUGUGUCGUUGGCUUAAUGGAUGCAAAAAAUCGCUAUAAAUUGUCUGUGACGGAAAAGAAAGCGAAAGCUAACCAGAAAGCCGGAGAUAAGUCAUCUUUAUCUUCUAUUAUUCCUGGAUAUAAUUAUAUAAAUAAAAGUGUCAAAACUCUUUUAUGGGAACUUGAGAGAUUAUUUUCAAUACGAAAAAUCGAUCGUAAAAAUAAUGGAAAUAAUGGAAAAAUCGAUGCAAUUAAGUCAAAAUUAUCAAAGCAGAAAUCUUCAAAUUAUUUAUCAAAUCGGUGGUCAAAAAUGAAUUUGCGGAAAUUUCUUAGUGAAAAGAUGGCCAUAUCGGAUAAAAAGAUUAAACCAACGAAUUUUGGUCGAUAUCGUGAUUCUCGCGAUAUAAAUCAUCUGAAAAACAUAUCGCAGCUGAACCGAAGGUGGCCUUUACCACCAUUUUAUCGUAAAGAACGGAUGAGCAGCAGAUUUCACAAAAAUGAGCACUGGAAAUAUAUGUCAAAGUUUAUGUGCCGGCGGAUAUCUCAAAAACAUCAUAAACGAACAAAUCGAUUAAGCAUAUCAAAUCCAUUAAAUCAAUUGCGUUGCAAUUUAAGAAUGAAACGCUCUGUCUGGCAAACUUUUCGAAAAGGUUUCAUUUAUGUGCACAGUAUAUAUUAUUAG